GAAACACAGUGUUGGAAAUCAACACGUGUUUCUCUGGACAAUUUUAUCUCGAAGAGUCUGCAGUCAUCCCAACCGAGCCGUGCUCUGCUGAGCUGGUGCUUUAACAAACAUACUCCCACACCGGCCGCAUAACCCUCGAUAGCAUGUCGACAAGUAUGCCCACGGACAAGAAGUUGUUAUUCGCGAAUGCCAAUUCAGUGGACAAAGGAUAGGAAUCAAUCUUGGUUGCUGGCGAUUUGCAGGCUUGUGUCUCCGCACGUAAUAACGCCGAACACCCGUCGCUAUGGUUCCGGGUUCUCCGUCCAUUUCGAAAACAGACUAGCGAGAAUUUUCCCUCGUUGGCGUUGUGACGUGCGCGAAAUACAAAAGUCACUCCCAUCCUGCAGUCGAAACUUCAAUCUUGAGUACUCUCGUAUAUUGUCUGCAGUGCCUACUUGUUUGCCUCGCCUUCACACCCUUGCGCAUCCAUGGAUUCAUUCUACGCCAUUUUCCUUCCCAGCCCCAACGUUAUGGACGAGAAUAGUCUGUCAGCUGAGGAUGCCUACACUCCCGUUUCCUUUGGCGACGGAGGCCACUUCACUCAGCCUGGGUGCAUCAUUGCAUAGCAUUGGGGAAAGCCUUGGUUUGUAUUCGUUCUCGUAUGACAAACUUUCCGUGCCCCCAGCUGUCAAUCUCUUACGUGGCUGACAAUGUUUGGUUGGACCUCGAUCGUAUUGUUUGUGCCCACUCGAUCUGCGACGCAAAAUCUGUCCACACAGUAUCCCAGUCUACGUUUUGGAUUGUAUUGUCAUAUAGUUUUGUAGUAUUGAUUAGUUUGCAUUUCUACUUGUGUGGUCGUCAGAGUCGAAGUGGGAUUCGAAGGAGCCCCUGGAUUAUAUAAACCAUAAAAGAAAUAAUAAUAAGUACCACGUUGCGUUCAGUAUCCACUCGGAUCCCGUCGAUGGUGAGGUUGCAGUUAGCGCAGCAGUCCUCGGCAAAUUUGUAGGGCCGGGG